GAAGCUGCCGAUAAAUCGACUGCUUAGCGAAGCAGCGGCCGCGUGCUUGCUCCCUCCUCCUCCUUCCUCUUUCUCCGCUUCCCCUCCUCGAUUUUCCACCCUUUCUUUCCUUCGUGAUCUGCCGCAGUCUGCUGAUUGGAGCUUCCCCGAAUCGCCUCCGGCCCAAAGGUUCGAUCUCUCGAUCCCUCCACUCCGCUUCCUCGCCUUCCUCGUCCGCAUCGUCGAUUCCCAGCUUCUGAUUUAUAAUCAAUCGAGCAAGUAGAGUUCUAAGACGACAAUUCUGUCCUGAAUUCAGUGAAAUUAGUUGAUUGUAGAAAGAAGAAAAGAAUAAAAAAUCCUGGCUCUGUGAACGGAAUUGUUCAUGGAUAUCCCUGAAUCUCAUGUAAUAGAGUGCGAGCUCUCCGAUUUCGAUAAUGGUUGUGUGCCAUCUUACAAGUCUUCUGCUACUUCUGGUGUCAAAGCGGGUGUAUCUACAGCUGGUAGUGUGCACGAGCUUCUUGAAUGCCCAGUGUGUACAAAUUCCAUGUACCCUCCCAUACAUCAGUGCCCCAAUGGCCAUACUCUAUGUUCAAGCUGCAAAGCGAGAGUGCACAAUCAUUGCCCUACUUGUCGGCAAGAGUUGGGGAACAUCAGAUGCCUGGCCCUUGAGAAAGUUGCCGAGUCAUUGGAGUUACCAUGCCGAUACCAAAGCCCCGGCUGCCCAGAGAUACAUCCAUAUUAUAACAAACUGAAACAUGAACAGCAAUGCAGGUUCAGACCUUACAAUUGUCCCUAUGCCGGUUCAGAAUGCCUGGUCACUGGUGACAUUGUAAUGCUCGUCACCCACUUGAAAAAUGAUCAUAAGGUGGAUAUGCACAACGGAUGCACAUUUAAUCAUCGUUACGUCAAAUCUAACCCCCACGAAGUGGAAAAUGCGACAUGGAUGCUCACUGUUUUCAGUUGCUAUGGCCAUUAUUUCUGCCUUCACUUUGAGGCAUUCCUUCUCGGAAUGACUCCUGUGUACAUGGCAUUCUUAAGGUUUCUCGGCGAAGACAGUGAGGCAAGGCAGUUCAGCUACAGCUUGGAAGUUGGCGGCAAUGACCGAAAACUUACAUGGCAGGGAGUACCAAGGAGCAUCAGGGAUAGUCACAGGAAAGUGCGUGACAGCUAUGAUGGGCUGAUCAUCCAUCGGAACAUGGCUCUCUUCUUCACCGGUGGUAGCCGGCAAGAGCUGAAGCUACGAGUGACUGGCCGUAUUUGGAAAGAACAAUAAAAGGCCUUGGAUAGUUAUCACUCAUCUAAAACUGUAGAGUGAAGGCUAAUCUUUUCAACUUUGCCAAUUUAGGAUCAUCUGUUUUCGAAUGUACUUGGAAGUUUAUGAACAAUUCUUGUCACUCUGUAUGAUAAACUUUUAGGACUGUUGAUUCAAAGCAAUGAAACAUGUGCAGUUGAAUUUCUUCA